CACACCACCAUCAACCCCCCAUACACCGUAUACGCGCAACGCGCACCCCCCCGCACACACACUCCCACACCAUGGCGUCAUUCUCGCUUCCAGUGGUGCAGGACACUCCCAGCUAUUGGGGUCCCGCAGUCGAGGAUGCCACCUCUGCCACAUCCACCUCUGCAAGCGACUCUCGCUCCAACGGCCACGGCCACGGCCACACUCUCUCUCCCUCCGCUUCCAGCUCCGCAUCCGUCUUGCCUCCCGAAUUCAGAGACAUUCCAUUCGUGCCCUUUGCAAAGUCGGACAAGAUUGGCCGCAUCGCCGAUUGGAAUUCGAGCGCAGAUGGAAGUUCCCUUGCGGGCGAUAGACCUUUGCGCGGUGGAAGAUCGGGUCGAGGCGGAAGGGAUGGAGGCACAGCUCAAGUGUACGGCGCAAAUGCUGGUUCCGCAUUCGCCUACUUUCACGGCGAAGAUGAGGCCACAUUUAGCGUGGUGGACAAUGCAAAGACGACUACGAAAUCUCGCGGUGGUUUGACCUCCUUCUCCCGCGGUCGCGGUGGUGCUAGAGGCGGAGCGCGAGGCGGCGCGAGGAAUGUGGCUGCUGGCGCUCGCGGUGGAAGAGGCGGUGCCAGUGCUGGCAGAGGCGGUCCUGCUGGUCGAGGUGGACCUGGUGGAGCAGCGCGUCGCGGCGGCUGGAGGGAUUGGGACAAGCCUCAACGUACGCGCGAGCCGUCUGUCGAUGUGGGCGACGACUGGGAGCAGCUGGAGGAAAUCGACUUUUCCCGAUUGGCCAAGCUCAAGCUCGAUGUCGAGGAUCCAGAGGAUUUGUCCGCCCACGGCACGCUGUACGAGUACGACCGAAGCUACGAUCGCAUCUCUUCUGUUCGAUUCGAAAAGGCUUUGCAGCCAAUCGACCGGGUGCGCUACAAUCCCAGCACGCGCGACGACCCCAUCCUCGCAGAUCUGGCAGCUAAGCCCUCGCAGGCGGCGGAUGCAGGAUCAGCGCCCGUGCGAAUUUUUGCGACGGACAGCAUCCUCGCGCUGCUCAUGAGCGCCACUCGCAGCGUCUACCCUUGGGACCUCGUCAUUACUCGAGACGCUCAAGGCAACGUGUUCCUCGACAAGCGCGAAGGAGGCGCUUUUGACUUUGUCAGCGUCAAUGAGAACGCCGCCGAGCCUCCCUUGGAGCUUGCGGAUGCGGCGGCGCUGGAGGGCAAGGAUGCGGCCAACAAGAGCAGCAACAAUACGGCUGCCGCGUCCAUCAAUACGCCCGGCAAUCUCAGCUUGGAAGCGACCUACAUCAACCAAAAUUUUGCCAGCCAAGUGGUCAACGAAAAGAAGAGCAAGACGCUGGCUGGCGGAGCGAAUCCCUUUUACGAUUCCAGCGCAGAGACGGAGCGACUGGGUUCGUGCGGCUACCGCUACCGCAAAUUCGACGUCAGCGCAAGCUCAGAGGAGCAAGUGGAGAUCUACCUGCGCACAGAGGUGGACGCGUUCAUUCCUGGCGCGACCAAGAGCGCCGCGCCGCAAUUCAUCACCAUCAAGACGCUCAACGAGUUUGACAGCAAGGCUCCCGGUGCUGGAGGUGCGCCGGAUUGGAGGACCAAGCUGGAUUCGCAGAGAGGCGCAGUCGUAGCUACAGAGAUGAAGAACAAUAGCGCCAAGCUUGCGCGCUUUGCCAUUCAGAGCAUCCUUGCGGGCGCAGACAAUAUGAAGAUGGGAUACAUUUCUCGAGCCACACCUCGCGACACUUCGCGACACGUCAUCUUGGGAACGCAAUGGUACAAGCCCAAGGAAUUUGCAGCGCAGAUCAAUCUCAACCUGGCCAACGGGUGGGGCAUCGUUCGAACGAUUGCGGAUCUGGCUCGCAAGCACGCCAGCUCGAGGGAUGGGCAAGGCGUGACGAGCAAGUUUGUGCUGCUAAAGGAUCCCAACAAGAACGUGCUGCGAUUCUACGCCGUACCUGCUGCUUGGCACGACGAGCAGGAAGAGGAGGCUCAAGAAGCUCACGAGGCUAUCGCUGAAGGCGACGAGGAGGAGGAUGAGGAGGAUGUUUGAGUCGGGGCGGUGCGUCGUGAGCGUAAUGACCAUGUGUUGCAGGAUUUUGUGGACUGCGCGCGCGCGCCUAGCCUAGCCUAGGCUAGGCGUCGAGGGCCAUGAUGAGCUCUUGGACCAGACCUGGCAGGUCGUUGGAUG